AUGGGGACACCAUCCUGGGCCAUUCCCGUUGGCGUUCUCGGAGGCCUCUGUCUCGCCUGUCUGAUCUUCAUCUGGUGGUACAUCCCUCGCCUGUACAACAAGGGAAUGCAGGCCGAUAUGACUCGUCUGGCAGCCGAGAAAACAGAGCGCGAGCGUCAAGCAGCCGCCUUACGAGAAGCGAAUGGAGAAUCUAUUGAUCUGGAAGCUGGAGAAGGUGCGACAGUUGUGACGCCAGUACCGGCGAAGUUCAAGUAUACGCCUCCUGCGUACACUGCUUAUUAG